CACCAUACUCCCUACAACUGGUAUGCUGGACUAUGGCAGCUACGGUCGAGAUAAUCAGCUCCGCAAAUGACUGCUGGCCGCUCACUCUGCGCUCAUCCAAAGAGUUCGCUCGUCACAGCAAGCGCACCGGCGCCAACUCCAAUCUCUGCACAUUCCUGCUGAUGAUCUCCUACAACUACCACUACUCGACUCUCCGCCGAGUUCCGCAUUGGACGAUCACGAUGUUAUUCCUGCCUUUGCUCCGGCUGUAGUGACGCCUCCAAUGCGAAUGGAUCUGCCGCCUGCCAAGCGUGCACGCGUUGCUCGGUACAAGAACUAUGUCCCUGAGGAGGAGACUAUUCGCAACGACUAUUCGCAGAGAUACGUCGAUGGUGGGGAGUGGCCGCAGAACUGGGUGUUGGGAUCUGAACCUGAGCACCGGUUCGAGGAGUGCGUGUGUCGGCGUGGCUUUCUGACUUCCUUCUUGACUUUCCGCUCAGGUAUCCAAAGCAGCAACGCCUUUUGUCAUUGAAGAAGGCGUCGGUCAACAAUCAUUCCGUGGCACCGACUUAUCUACCUUUCUCUGCCUACACACUGUGCAUCCGGCCAAAUUCGACGUGAUUCUUAUCGACCCUCCGUUCUCUUCAUCGUUCUCGUGGGACGAUCUUCAGAAUCUACCUAUCUCAUCACUGGCGGCGGAUCCUAGUUUCGUCUUUUUGUGGGUCGGAAGUGGUGCUGGAGAGGCUUUGGAAAUGGGGCGGGAGGUCCUGGCCAAGUGGGGUUAUCGACGCUGUGAGGAUGUAGUUUGGGUCAAGACCAAUAAAACGACAAAUAACGGCCCAGGUACCGAUCCUCCGACCACCUCUCUUCUCACACGAACGAAGCAGCAUUGUCUGAUUGGCAUUCGUGGCACAGUGCGGCGCUCGACGGAUAGUUGGUUCGUUCACUGUAAUGUGGACACCGACGUGAUCUUCUGGGAAGGGGACGACGCCGAUCCUACUCGGAAACCUCCAGAGAUGUACAGCCUGAUCGAAAACUUUUGCCUUGGAACGCGGAGACUGGAGCUCUUCGGGCGAGCACCAACAUCCUUGCGCCGAGGAUGGGUAACUGCCUUGGCUUCCGGGCAGGAGUCACGUUUGGGGCUGGACCCGGAUGGGACGGGCACUGUCUAUUCCGAGGAAGGAGCGGUCGCCCGGCCAUGGAAUCUCGAGUCAUGGGAUGCGGACAUCAAGGUCCUUGCAGCUGGGGGGCGCAUGGUUGUUCCUACCACAUCUGAGAUAGACGCCCUGCGGCCCAAGUCACCUGUGAGACCCGGCUCCCUCCAGGCGCAGGCAAAUCACGUCCCGGGUGCGAAUGUGGGGCCGCGCUUUGCUGCGGUGAACCGGGCUGGAUUCGUGCCGAAUCCGAUGGGCCAAAUGCCCCAGAUGAUGAUGGGGAUACCGAUGAAUGGGAUGGGCAUGCUGGGUGGCGCGGAAGGGAUGAUGCACGGUCAGUGGCCGGGAAUGAUGGCUAUGCCCGGUGCAGGAAUGGGUUUGAAUGCCGGCGGGAUGGGCAUCAAUAACGGUGUGAUGGCACUGAACGGGGCCGGAAUGGGCUCCAACGGGAUGUUGGGUCAAAUGGGCAUGGGGAUGGCAUAUAAUCCUGCGUUCAACGGCGCUGGCUGGGCGGACCAGCAAUAUGGCAUGGAAGGUGCUUGGGGUGAUGGAUCAUGGGGGACCAAUGGUCAGGGGCAGGGCGGCUAUUAGCAUUCAUCUCCAACGUAGUGUAUCUGGCAUCGCUUCUCGUGGCUCACAUACAUAAGUAAUCUCAGUUCAAAUCU